AGCAUGUCCAGCAACCAUGGCAACAUGGAGGUCUUGCCGCGGGAGGCCAAGCGUCGCAAAGUAGCGUCGCAUGCCAACGAGGUGUUGGCGACCGAAUAUGAAGUUCGCGAUGGGUAUCGCUACGUCAAGCCGUACGUGUUUGCAUUUGAAACCCAUGCCAAGCAGCGAUGGUUUGGACGAACCCUGCUUGAGAUCUUCACGACUGAAUUCGGAUCGUUCUCUCCCGAGUACUAUGCACUGGCGAUAGACACUGGUCGCAUUACCCUGAACGGCAAGUUAACGCCGCCGACCACCGUCGUAAAGAAUGGAGACUUGCUUUGCCACAAGACCCAUCGCCACGAGCCGCCCGUGUCUGGCGACACCAUUGAGAUCGCGCACGAAACACCAGACUUGUUGGUGGUCAGCAAACCAGCGGGCGUGCCCACGCAUCCGUGCGGCGCGUACCGCUUCAAUUCGCUCCACUUUAUCUUGCUGCACAUGCGUCCCGAUAUCCCAAAGCUGCACGUUGUGCAUCGGCUAGACCGCUUGACUUCUGGCGUGGUCAUUCUCGCCAAAACGCCUUCCAAAGCCCGCGCCUUGUCUGCCAGCAUCGCCGACCGCACAGCGUCCAAAACGUACUUGGCCCGCGUUCGUGGCUCGUUUCCCCAGAACUUGUCGGCCGAGUGGCUAAGCAAGUUGCACCUGCCAACUCCCCGGGCUCGUGUUACGAUUGACGGCAAGUGGUUACGAGUUCAGUGUCCGCUCGUGUGCAAGUCCCAUAAAGAUGGAGUGUGGACGUGGGCACUUGAUGGAGCGUCGGACGUCAAGGAAGCUGAAACGUUGGUGCAAUUUCAUUCGAAUCCUCCCCCAUCUAGUCGUCCACACGAUGGGGAAAUCGGCCACGACGACGACGACGACACCACUGUGGUGCUGGUCAAGCCAGUGACAGGUCGAACGCACCAAAUUCGACUGCAUUUGCAGCUGCUGGGACUGCCGAUAGCCAACGAUCCUUGUUAUGGCGGCACUUUGCACUUUGGCUCAUCGUUUGUUGAAAAUGAAGACGUACUGGAUGGGAGUCCAUCCAGCAAGGACGCCGUCGAGACCUCGUUAGCAUCGACGGUGCCCCAGCUACCGCACGAAUCGGAAGCCGAUUUCCUCACGCGCACCUGUCAAUGGUGUGCUCGACGCCCCGAGAACGAGAACCACAAGCACUGCGCCCGCAUCUGGCUACAUGCGUGGCGCUACGAGCUCCUCGGGGAAACGUUUCAAGUGGCCGCGCCAGACUGGGUCGUCGUACCACCCCAAGUACUACUCGGCGACCAAGCAUAACGUCAUCUGUCAGUAGCAUCAGUGUGAUAUGGGGUGCCACUUGAUGCAUCGUUGAUCGCGUCUACUCAUAAUAGAUUGUACGCUUUUGAUUC